AUGGAAAUGCCUUUGAGUCAGCAGCCGAGCUAUCCGUCCAAGCCCGUGCCCCAGCCCCAGCAGCCGAGCUAUCCGUCCAAGCCCGUGCCCCAGCCCCAGCAGCCGAGCUAUCCGUCCAAGCCCGUGCCCCAGCCCCAGCAGCCGAGCUAUCCGUCCAAGCCCGUGCCCCAGCCCCAGCAGCCGAGCUAUCCGUCCAAGCCCGUGCCCCAGCCCCAGCAGCCGAGCUAUCCGUCCAAGCCCGUGCCCCAGCCCCAGCAGCCGAGCUAUCCGUCCAAGCCCGUGCCCCAGCCCCAGCAGCCGAGCUAUCCGUCCAAGCCCGUGCCCCAGCCCCAGCAGCCGAGCUAUCCGUCCAAGCCCGUGCCCCAGCCCCAGCAGCCGAGCUAUCCGUCCAAGCCCGUGCCCCAGCCCCAGCAGCCGAGCUAUCCGUCCAAGCCCGUGCCCCAGCCCCAGCAGCCGAGCUAUCCGUCCAAGCCCGUGCCCCAGCCCCAGCCGAGCUAUCCGUCCAAGCCCGUGCCCCAGCCCCAGCAGCCGAGCUAUCCGUCCAAGCCCGUGCCCCAGCCCCAGCAGCCGAGCUAUCCGUCCAAGCCCGUGCCCCAGCCCCAGCAGCCGAGCUAUCCGUCCAAGCCCGUGCCCCAGCCCCAGCAGCCGAGCUAUCCGUCCAAGCCCGUGCCCGUGCCCCAGCAGCCGGGCUACCCGUCCAAGGCCGUGCCCCAGCAGCCACGCUCCCUGUCAAAGAUCAUGCCACAGCCGAGCUAUUUGUCCAAGCCCGUGCCUCAGCCCCAGCAGCCAAGCUAUCCAUCCAAGCCCGGUGUUCACCAGUCCAAAGCUGGCAUGUGGGCUUUCGCUGUACCACAAAAUGGAAAUGUCUUUGCGUCAAGUAUUGCUUCAAGUUCUGGCAUUGGGAUGCAUUCUAGUCGCCCAUCUAAGCCCCAGCUGCCAAGCUACCCAUCCAAGCCUGUUCCCCAGCAGCCAAGCUAUCCGCCCCAGCCCCAGCAGCCACGCUAUCCGUCCAAGCCCGUGCCCCAGCAGCCAAGCUAUCCACCCCAGCCCCAGCAGCCACGCUAUCCGUCCAAGCCCGUGCCCCAGCAGCCACGCUACCCCUCCAAGCCCAUGCCCCAGCAGCCGAGCUAUGGCUUGACCCAAAGCAAAGCUGGCAUGUUUGACCUCACUCCAAGGGAUCCUAGACAAGUUCCACUGGCAUCAGCGUAUCAACCGAAGUGGCAGCAACCCUAGAUUUUGACCUCCCUGGAAGCAGUCUGUCUCUGCAACUUGUGAACAACUCAACUUGUGAAAUUCAAUAAAGUACUUGUAACUGCA